AUGGGUAGCACAUUCGGUAAAAAACAGGGUUCUGUUCAAGCACCCCCUCAAAUGGGUGCUCCUUAUCCAGGUGUUCCACAACAACCUCAAAUGGGUGUUCCUUAUCCAGGUGUUCCACAACAACCUCAAAUGAUGCAACAACCUCAAAUGAUGCAGCAACCUCAAAUGAUGCAACAACCACAAUAUAUGCCACAACAACCUGUUCAAUACCGACCACAAACAUUUCCACCUCCACCACAAGCAAGUAUGCAACCUCAAUUUCCAGGUGGACCUACGAUGCCACGUCCUCCUAAUCCAUCAUCUUUUUCAUUACCACCUGGUCAAAAUUCAGCAGCAAUGUAUGAAAAUGAUAUGAUUCUUGCAAGUUUAACUGGCUGGUCUAUUGAUGAUAUUGAACGAUUACGACAUGAAUUUACAGGCUAUGCUAAUCCUUUUGGUGUUAUUGAUCGUGAGGGUUUUCGUAAACUUUAUGUUGCAUCAUUAUUAAAUAUGACAUGGGAUAAUGUUGAACGUGAUGCUGAAAUAGCUUUUCGUAACUUUGAUGUAAAUCAAACAGGUGCAUUAGAUUUUAAUGAAUAUAUUACUGCUUGUUCACGAAUGAGUAGAGAAGUAAAUUCACCAAUGACAUCAGCGCCACCAACGAAUUCGCCUUUUAUUUAUUAA